AUGGCCGCUCAACACGCUUCCGUAAGUCGUCUCGUCCAUUGCCCCAACUUCCGCCCCCGCCCGUCGCAUGGCCCAGCCCCUCUUCCCUGCCCCCGCAUUCUUCCUCCCACGCGCCCGCGCCGAGAAAUCCCACCUACUAGAUCUGAUCGAUCAGCGGCAACCCUAUUUUGUGGGGUUGCCGAUGGGGCUGCCGCCGCUGUUCGGGUUCCAAUGUUCCCAACACGACUCAUGUACUAAUUGGUCUUCUUGGAUGAACAACAGCACCCCGUCAAUGCCAACGCUGGCUCGGCCCCCGCUCGCCUGAGGGUUCACAAGGUUAGUCCCGACGCGUCGCCUCGAGACGAGAAACCCUCGAAUGGUUUUUUUCGCUCAAGCUCUACGCGAUGGUACUGAUUCUUCGGUUCGCACAAUCCGUUGCCUGGAACCAAAUAGCGUUCGGCUACGGGUGAGUCCUCCCAUUGAUGAAAGGGACGUGUUCGGAUCCAAGGGUGCUAACUCGGAUCCCUUAUGCUCUCCGUUCUGGCUACUGCAGGUUUCCUCACCGCCGGUGGUCAAUCUUUGAGCGAAAUCUUCCCCGGUGAUGCCAGUGCUUGGAAGGCCGCUCUCAAGAAGGGGUCAGUCCAAAAGAACGCACUUAUUCAAACCGCGAUUGGGACCGCGAGCUAAUUCCUACUCGUUCUCCGACCCCUAAACCUCCCGGCCCCAUUCUCGCGCCUCCUUUCUCUCCUCGUUCAAUCCACAGCAAGGACGAAACGACCAAACACGACAAAGAAGUCGUCACCUCGACCAUCGUCAAGCACGUCACCACCACUCUCGCCCGUGCCCCCUUCAACGUCGACGACCUCGCCUUGUACCAAGCCACGGCCCUGUCCGUUCGUGAUCGCCUGAUCGCGAAAUGGAACGCGACGCAGUUGGAACACACGCAGAAGAAGCCCAAGCGCGUUUACUACUUUUCGCUCGAGUUCUUGAUGGGGAGAAGUUUGGAUAACGCUUUGCUCAACUUGGUCAGCGCAAUUAUCUCGACAGAAAGGUGACGACAGACGCUCUCAAGCUGAUCGAUGCUUCCGGAUUGGAUUCUCAUUGACUUACAGGGCGUCAAGGAGGAGUACAGCGAAGCGGUCAAGUCGCUUGGGUUCCAGAUGGAGGAUCUUGUGAGUCAAUGGUGGAUGCCCGCACACACCGCCUACAGAGGCUGACUACUCUUUCCCAACCCCGAUCCCCAGCUUGACAACGAGCGCGAUGCCGGUCUCGGUAACGGUGGUCUCGGUCGCUUGGCGGCGUGCUACCUCGACUCGCUCUCGACGACCAACAUCCCGAGUUGGGGUUACGGCCUGCGCUACUCGUACGGUAUCUUCCGUCAGUUAUGCGACUCGAACGGCUCGCAACUCGAGGUGCCCGACCCAUGGCUCGACCACGCCAACCCUUGGGAGAUCCCCCGCCUUGACAACGGUGUCGAGGUCAAGUUUUACGGUGACGCCGUCCGUCGCGAUAACGGUUCGGGUACCUGGAACGGAGGUCUCGACGUCUUGGCCAUCCCUUACGACCUGCCCAUCCCCGGCUUCAAGACGAACAACACCAACAACAUUCGUUUGUGGUCGUCCAAGCCCAAAAAGUCGUUCGAUCUCGCCGCUUUCAACGCCGGUGAUUACGAAGCCGCCGUGCGUGAGGCAGGUGAUGCCGAGAACAUCACCCGUGUCUUGUACCCCAACGACAACUUUGAUGCGGGCAAGUUGUUGCGCUUGAAGCAACAGUACUUUUGGUGCGCCGCUUCGCUCGCCGAUAUUGUGCGUCGCUUCAAGAAGCUCGGGCAGCAGUGGUCCGAGUUCCCUCAUUAGUGAGUUGACGUCGAGGAGUUCAGUGGAAUCAGGUCUUAUCUUAUUGAAUCCGCCCGUCUGGCCUCAUCAACAGCAACGCGAUCCAACUCAAUGACACGCACCCCACGAUCGCUAUCAUCGAACUGCAACGCAUCCUCAUCGACGAAGAGGCCCAACCUUGGGACGCAGCAUGGGACAUCGUCUGCAAGACCUUUGGGUACACGAACCAUACCGUUCUACCCGAGGCCUUGGAGACGUGGCCCGAGCCUUUGAUCGCUUCGUUGCUGCCGCGUCAUAUGCAAAUCAUCUACGAUGUCAACUUGUUCUUCCUUCAAAAAGUGGAGAAGAAGUGGCCUGGGGAUUACGGGAAGCUCAGGUCUAUGUCCAUCAUUGGCGAAGGUGAGCUUUCUCCCCGUGCAUCGGCAUGUCCUGUUUGUUCAAGAACUGAUCUGAGCUUGGUAUACUUUGCAGGCGCCCACAAGCAGGUGCGCAUGGCCCACAUCGCCAUCAUCGGCUCGCACAAGGUCAACGGUGUCGCCGAGUUGCACUCCGAGUUGGUCAAGGAGAUGUUCGGUGACUUUGUCGAGUUCUUUGGCCGCGACAAGUUCACCAACGUCACCAACGGUAUCACCGCUCGACGGUGGUUGUUGCAAGCCAACCCCGGCUUGGCAUCGUUGAUCACGAAGAAACUCGGUUCGGACGACUACUUGCUCGACCUCAACAAGUUGCGCGGGUUGGAAAAGUUCGCCGACGACGUCGCGUUCCAAAAGGAGUGGGCUGCAGUCAAGCAGGCCAACAAGGAACGUUUGGCGGAAUACAUCGAGUCGACGCUCGGCAUCGCCGUGAACCGUAAUGCGCUCUUCGACGUCAUGUGCAAGCGUUUGCACGAGUACAAGCGCCAGUUCAUGAACAUCCUCGGUACGAUCUACCGCUACCUCCAACUCAAGAAAUUGUCCCCCGAGGAGCGCAAGCACGUCGUUCCCCGUCUCAGCGUCUUUGCCGGAAAGGCUGCACCGGGUUACUACAUCGCCAAGUUGGUCAUCCGUCUCAUCAACGCCGUGUCCAAGAAGAUUUGCGCCGACAAGGAAGUGAGCGACAUCUUGACCGUCGCCUUCUUGCCCGAUUACUCGGUCUCGCUCGCCGAAGUCAUCAUCCCCGCCAACGACAUCAGUGAACACAUCUCCACCGCCGGUACGGAAGCCUCGGGAACGUCCAACAUGAAGUUCGUCCUCAACGGUGGCUUGUUGCUCGGUACGGCCGACGGAGCCAACAUUGAGAUCUGCGAAGAGGUCGGCGAGGAGAACGUCUUCUUCUUCGGUCACUUGACCCCCGAAGUCAAAGGCCUUCGUCGCGCCCACCACUUCGGCGAGAACCAGUACCCCGAGGAAUUGCUCGAAGCCAUCAACGCCAUCCGAUCUGGAAUGUUUGGCGAUGCGGGAGUCUUUGAACCACUUAUUUCGACCUUGUUCGAAGGCAAAGACUUUUAUCUCGUUUCGGACGACUUCACAUCGUACCUUGCGGCGCAGAGGAUGGUCGACGAGUCGUACGUCGAUCGACCGGCUUGGGUCAAAAAGACGAGUGAGUCGGAUGUCUUCACUUAGGAAUUUGGGAUUUGGUUCGAAUUGAUGGCUGAUCUUUGGGUUUUCACACUCGUCUUCCAGUCCUCGCCACGUCGAGGAUGGGCAAGUUCUCGUCCGACCGCGCCGUGUUGCAAUACGCCGACGAGAUCUGGAACGUCGAACCCGUCAAGGUCGAGUCCGUCUAG